AGAAUGUCAAAGGUCAUCCCAAGCCAUGUGGUACGGGUUGGACAGACAAUAUGUGUUUCAUCCGAGGAAGACCGGUGUUUGCAUAAGCAUGGGUGUUUGCCCUCUCAUGCACUGCCCACAAAGUACUUUUAUUACUCAACUGAGGGUUUGGACAGGCAAAGCUCACUUGCCCAAACCAAAGGAUGCUCAUUGCCCAAGACUGAACUCUUUGGCUCUUGCAAACGCAGCACAGAGACCACACCUAUGACGAUAUCUCCAGCGCUGGAAGAUAAAUGUCUGCAAGAGGAACCAUUAGACACAACCAGUGACUCCUGUCCAAUCUCUCCUAGUUUGGAUAUAACCAUAGAGAACCUGAACCGCCUGAUCCUGGAAAUUGAUCCCACUUUUCAGCUUCUCCAGCUGAAGCAAGGCCCAAUCCAGAGUCCCGCACAAGUUCUCCCAUAUGAGCAAAAGGAUGCCCCAGAUUCCUCAGACAUAAAAUACAUUGAAAUGUCUCCCACAAGAUCAAAGUGUACCGAGUCCUUGCAGAAUUCAGCAAGUCCUUCUGGAACUCCACUCUCCGUAUCCCCACCAAACCUUGUCCGACCAUUGCCCUAUAGACAAAGCCCUGGAGAUAACUCCAACCUGAGAGACCAUGCUACUUUUCUAUGCAGCGACAGCCCCAGAGGCCCCCAGCACUUCGUACCCACAGAGAGACAAUCGGCAACAUUCUUCCAAGCAUCUGCGAGCAUCUCCAUUCCGCCGCAGGAUCAGAAGAACUCUGCCACCAGCGAGUCGAAUCCUCUCCUGGCUACCUCACCAGGCUUUGAGAACUUACUGAAGCCCUCGCAGUAUGGGAAGAUACUGCAGCGGUGCAGCGAAGCGUCUGUACUUUCAACUAGUCCCGGGUCGGACACCAGUUACAUUCUGGGAAGCAGCACUCAGUCAGUGCACAGCAAUGAACCUGACACCCCUCAAACCAGGUCAACGGGAAGUCUCUCGUCUGUUGGCUCUCUGAAUGGCUCUUCCAUCAGCGCCCAGGGAUCGGAGGCCUUCAGCUCCGCUGUCCCUUCCUCCCCAAAAGUGAAUUCACUGCUACUGCCAACAUUCCAGAAGGGGCAGGUCUCGCCUGGCCCUCUUUCUCCCUUCGCAAACUCCACAUUCCCCGUCCCCAUUUUGCUCGUCAACGGUUGUCUGGAACACAGGGAGACGUCUGCAAAACCUUCCAAGCUUCACCAGGGUUCUUUCAAACAGAAGAUACCCCUGCCAAGUUCUGGCACAGUUUCGGGCAUUGGCAGUACCAGCAAGACCUCUUCAGAGAGCUCACUUGCGUCUUUGUCAUCUGGGGAGAGCUGUCCCAGAGAUGUCCAGACAACCAUGAAAUUUGUGCUGGACACCUCCAAGUACUGGUUCAAACCAAGCAUCACGCGGGACCAAGCUGUUCAGCUGCUGAUGGACGAACGCCCUGGUACUUUCAUCAUGCGGGAUAGCACUUCCUUCCGCGGUUCCUUUGGCUUGGCCAUGAAAGUCUUCAGCAGCAAAACAGGCAAGGAUCAUGGUCCUGAUUCCAUCAGACACUUCCUCAUUGAGUCUUCCACCAGAGGAGUUCACCUUAAAGGGGCUGACGAAGAACCCUAUUUUGGAAGUCUCUCUGCAUUUGUCUAUCAACACACCAUCAUGCGUUUAGCAUUACCCUGCAAACUGGUGAUCCCUAGCCAAGAUUUCAUUGUCGUAGAGGAAAAUCCUGCCAUGGGCUCAGAAGCCGCUCUUCCCCUUCCAAAGAAAGCAGCCGCCUGCAAUCUCUUGUACCUGCGCUCUGCGACCAUGGAGACUCUCACCGGCAAAGCAGCAGUUCAGAAAGCCGUGUCUUCCACUUUUGAACUGGAGACUCUGCCCACGCCCACCGUCGUCCAUUUCAAAGUCACAGAGCAAGGAAUUACUUUGACAGACAUCCAGAGAAAGGUUUUUUUCAGACGGCACUACCCAUUGGCUACUAUCAGCUUUUGUGACCUGGAUCCAGAAAACCGGAAGUGGCAAAAAUUUUCCAGGGCUUCAAGGAUCUUCGGUGUCGUUGCCAAGAGCCCCGCCGACUCCGAGAACAUUUGCCACGUCUUUGCGGAGUAUGACCCAGUGCAUCCGGCUUCUCACAUUGUUGACUUUGUGAAGAGACUUCUACCUGGUGCUUAA